AGCAUGGCAUCCCGAAAAUCUUUUUGCAACCGCGAGGCCGGCGCGCGCAUGUUUCGCUCUUUGCUAUAAAAUUCAGGAGUUUGCAAUAAAUAAUGGCUUCGGCUGUAAACUCGAAGCAAACAGCCGUAAACGGUGAGGUACCGUCGAGAACACAACCGUGUGGUCCGUGCGACAAAUCAAAAAUGGAAAAUAAAGUUGCUGUUGUUUUGGGUGCUCAAUGGGGUGACGAGGGAAAAGGAAAAGUUGUGGAUUUAUUGGCUGUUAACUGUGACAUCGUGUGCCGUUGUCAGGGUGGCAACAAUGCUGGACACACCGUGGUCGUCGACGGCAAGGAGUUCGAUUUCCACUUACUACCAAGUGGUAUUAUCAAUCCGAAAUGCACCUCCCUUAUUGGCAACGGUGUGGUCAUCCACCUGCCUGGGCUCUUCGAGGAGCUGAAGAAGAACGAGCUGAAAGGCAUGAAGGGCUGGCAGGACAGACUCAUCAUAUCAGACAGAGCCCACCUCGUCUUCGACAUGCAUCAACAGGUGGAUGGUCUUCAAGAGGCUGAGAAGGGCAAGAACUCGUUAGGUACCACAAAGAAGGGCAUUGGCCCGACUUACUCGUCUAAGGCCACCCGUAAUGGACUGCGGAUAGGAGACCUACUUGGGGACUCCGCCAUGUUUGAGGAGAAGUUCCGCACUCUAGCAGCCAAUUACAAGAGGAUGUUCCCGAAUCUCGAAGUAGACAUUGAUGGUGAACUGGCUCGCUACCGGGAGUACGCCGAGAGAAUCAGGCCUAUGGUCAGAGACACCGUCUCCUACCUCCACAAAGCCAUCGGGGAAGGAAAGAAAGUAUUGGUCGAAGGUGCUAACGCUGCUAUGUUGGAUAUUGAUUUUGGUACAUACCCGUACGUGACGUCAUCGAACUGCAGUAUCGGCGGAGUGUGCACGGGGCUGGGCCUGUCGCCGCGCGUCAUCGGCGACGUGCUCGGCGUCGUGAAGGCGUACACCACGCGCGUCGGCGACGGACCCUUCCCUACUGAGUUGCAUGAUGAGACAGGCAAGUUGCUCCAGGAGCGCGGUCACGAGGUGGGAGUGACGACGAAGCGCGUGCGGCGCUGCGGCUGGCUCGACCUCGUCGUCGUGCGGUACACCGCCAUGGUCAACGGGUACACCUCGUUAUGCCUCACAAAGAUGGACAUCCUAGACACGCUGCAGGAGAUUAAGAUCGGCGUAGCGUACAAGCUGAAUGGCAAGAAGAUUGAAUACUUCCCUUCGUCGAUGGCCGAGCUUAGCAGUGUAGAGGUGGAGUACAUCACGUUACCCGGCUGGGCGUGCAGUAUAGAAGACGUGCGGGAACUGAGCAAGCUGCCCGAACAGGCCAGGAACUACGUGAAGGCCAUCGAGAACUUCCUACAAAUACCUGUUAAAUUCAUCGGCGUGGGCCAAGGCCGGGAAUCCAUCAUCAGCACGGGUGAAGCUUAACGUUGAAGCGGUGCCCGCCACCUAGUGUCACUUCGUAUAUAUUGUUGUUACUUUAUAAGUAAGGUACGGGCUGUGAGGCUUAUGUCUUUGUUGCGCUCAUAGCAUGUAAUAACAACCCUUUUAUUCAUACUUGAAAUUUGUAUAGAGCAUUAAUUGCCGAAAGAAAACUGUUGAAGGCAUUUCCUUCGGUAAGCGUCGGUCACUAGUGUCCGAUGUGGCGGUUUACGUUUAAUCGUGUUUUUAGUUCUAAAGAUAUUGAUAAUCUUUAGUUCAUUACGAUAUUCUUGAAAUAGUGUCGACAUGACAUUCAUCUACACUAUGUUUAAUUAAGUACCAAAUGAAAGAAAAAUGAGAAUUUUAAAAUCAAUUUUCGAAAACUCUAAGGUUUUGUCAUGAGCGCAAAAGAGACUAUAUUUCCAUAGCUCCCUGCUGGCUUACCUAACAGUUGUUUAAUCAGGCAGCAUACAAAUGUAAUGUACUUAAGCCCCUUAGCUAAUUCAAAUCUUUUAUAAAAUAAGGGCUUAACAAUUAGCCUGUCGUUGGAAUUGAUAUGCAACACCAAUUUUAUGACAAUAUACAUUGUAGUGUGUUUAAGACAAGAAGCCUUGCCUUGAAUUAAUAUUUCUUUUUAUAAAUUGCCAUUUAAACCGAUGACUAAAUGUCAUACUACUAUUGUAUUGUGCUCCCGUGUACUUAGUUUCAACUACACAAGUUUACGGUGCUUUCAUAUUAUUGUUAGAAGUAAUUUUUUCACAUCUUUAGCGAUUACGCACGUGGUUGAUGUGAGAGCACCUUAAAAUAUUGAGAUUGUAAGCCUAUUGUCGACCAAAAGCUAAAGCUGAGUGACGUACGAAGUACUUAUGAAACAGAUAACUUAGUAUAUUGCAUACUAUCUAGCUUAGCUCUUGGCCUAUAAUAGGCUUCGUACCUAUCUCGAAUACUAAAAUCUCUACAAUUUGUAGUUGAAAUGUUAAUAAACAAGCUUAUUUCACUAGUCAAUAAUUGAAACAGAAGGUGCAGGUUUUAUACAAGAAUUAUAAUUCAGUAUUGUUCAGAAACUAGCAUAUGAGCUUAGGCCAAGAUGAAGUUGGCAUUAUUGCUAUCACUGUCUCAUAAUAGUUUUCUAUGUAUGUGAGACAGUGAUAGAUAUAUGCAUGUUUGUCUUGACCUAUGUAGCAGAUAAUCUUGCCUCUGGACUUCUUUAUAGGAUGUACUAGUUCAUCGUUAUGGUGUCAGGAUUGCAGAGCUUACGUUAAAAGUAUUUAGUAUUGUGUUAUGUUUCUAUUUGAAGGUGUAACUAGACUAGGUGUCUUGUAACUUAGUUUGUGGGAAAACUAUAGUUAAUUUUUAUCUUGACAAAGUCACGUAGCUAAGUGAAUAUAUCGUCUAUAUGUAAUUAGCAAAUUUUUAAUAUGUACUUAUGUAUGUGUAAUCGUGAAUAGAAUAUUAUAUAUUCCACUGUUAAGAGAAGUAACCAGGGCAACCUUACACUGACUGCAUGCUACUAGUACAGCGGAUUUAGUACAAAAACUGUUUAUUGACGGUAUUUAUUGGCGGCGAAAUGCCAAGUUUCCUUUCGCAGCAAUAAUAGGAUAAUUAAUGUAUAAACAAUCUGUUAAGGUGCGGUCGACACGAUAGGCGGUGUUAUUAUACUUGUAAAGUAUUAUUAUAAAGACACCAAGGCUUAAUUAUUCCUAAUGUUUAUUUUUAGUUCACUUGUUCUAAGGUGUCAAUUCCGUUCCAGGUUCAACACAAAUGUUAGCAUUUCGCUAAUUAAUAAGCUAUAGAUAAGCACGAUAUCACAAGAGAACCCUGGAACGAUAUUUUUUCUUUUUUUACUUAUUUUUUCUUAAGUUUACAACGUCGGUUUUUGCACAAACGAAAUAGCAAUAAUGUUGAAUAAAGACCUUUGUAGUGUUAAUAUUAUUAAUCUUUGUUUGAAAUCAAUUCUUUUUACUAACUUUUUCAUUUAGGGCUAUUCUACAGCUUGUAUAAUCGUGAAAAGUGUUGAAGCAAUUUAGACAUUAUUUUAAUAAUUUAAUAAAAUUUUUACAAAGGCCCAUUCCAAAGAUCUUUUCAAAUGAAAUAUUUUAUGUACUUAUUUUGACGAAUCAUCGUUUUGCUUCUACAUUCUGUGAGUCGUGUUUUAUGUGAUAUAAUUGUGUAUAAUUAAUGGAAAUGUUUACAUUAAUAUAGUACGAACUAUUAUAUCAAUGUAAGUAUUUGAAUACAGUUAAUAUGCCAAUAAAACGGUUUAUUCUUUUA